CAUGACCACCCGCUCGCACACAACGGACACGACGCCGACUCGACACGCACACGCCACGGCCACGAACACCAUGGCGUGGUUUAUUCCAACAGAGGACAGCAUGAGGGUUCGCGCGGCCAUCCUCCUCCUCCUGCUUGUCCUCACCCUGCAGCUCGCGUCGACGUCGUCGAUGGCGGACGGGCAGCAGGCUGCUGCGGCGGCCGCCCGGCGGCGUCGGCGGCGGCAACAUGUGCUGCUGCGGGAGAAGGCCACCCUGCUGGCCCUGAAGCGGGCGCUCACGCUGCCGCCGGCGGCCCUGCCGGACUGGAACGAGUCCAACCGCCACGUCUGCGGCGGCGGCUUCACCGGCGUCACCUGCGACAGGCGGCAGGAGCACGUCGUCGGGCUUGCGCUCCCCGGCAUGCGGAUCUCCGGCGCCAUCCCGCCGGUCGUCGGCGCGCUCUCGCGCCUCCGGAGCCUCGACCUGUCCAACAACACCUUCUCCGGCGCCUUCCCGCCCGCCCUCGGCGCGCUCUGCCGGCUGCCGAGCCUGGAGCAGCUCCUGCUGUCCAACAACCUCCUGACGGGGGAGAUCCCUGCGUGCAUCGGCAACGCCACGCACCUCGGCGAGCUGGACCUGUCGGGGAACGCGCUGUCGGGGGCCAUCCCCGCCGGCAUCGGCGGCCUCGCCGAGCUCAACUACCUCUCCCUGCAGAGGAACAGGCUGUCCGGGACGAUACCGCCGGGCCUCAUCAGCCGGCACGCCAACCUGCUGCUCCUCGACCUCUCCAGCAACCGCCUGACCGGCGCGAUACCGGAGGAGAUCGCCGGCAUUGCCAAGAUGAUGCUGAACCUGUCGCGCAACCAGCUCGGGGGCGAGCUGCCGAGGGGCCUCAGCAACAUGCUGGUGCAGACGAUCGACCUGUCCUGGAACAACCUCACCGGCGAGAUCUUCGCCGGCCUGGGCGACUGCGUCGAGCUGGCAGCGCUCAACCUGUCGCACAACUCGCUCGCCGGCGGCCUCCCGGCGUCCCUCGGCCGCCUGCAGAACCUCGAGAGCCUCGACGUCUCCAACAACUCCCUCACCGGCGAGAUCCCCCUGAGCCUGGCCAAAUGCAGCAUGCUGGAGCAUCUCAACCUGUCGUACAACGACCUCAGCGGCGCCGUGCCCGCCGCCGGCCCCUUCGUGAACUUCAGCUUCCUCUCCUACCUCGGCAACCGCCGGCUCUGCGGCCCGGUGGUCAGGCGCGCCUGCGGGGCGCGCCACCGGCGCGCGUGGUACCAGUCCCGGAGGUUCCUGGUCGUGCUGUGCGUCUGCUCCGCCGCGCUGGCGUUCGUGCUGACGAUCCUGUGCGCGGCCAGCGCCCGCAAGAUCCGGGAGCGGCUGGCGGCGGUGCGGGAGGACAUGUUGUUCAGGGGGGGCCGUCGCGGCGGCGGCGGCGGGUCGUCGCCGGUGAUGAAGUACAAGUACCCGCGGAUCACGUACCGGGAGCUGGUGGAGGCGACGGAGGAGUUCAGCGCGGCGCGGCUGGUGGGGACGGGGAGCUACGGGCGGGUGUACCGGGGCACGCUGCGGGACGGCACCAUGGUGGCCGUGAAGGUGCUGCAGCUGCAGUCGGGGAACUCGACCGAGAGCUUCAACCGCGAGUGCCAGGUGCUGAAGCGCAUCCGGCACCGGAACCUGAUGCGGAUCGUGACGGCGUGCAGCCUGCCGGACUUCAAGGCGCUGGUGCUGCCGUUCAUGGCCAACGGCAGCCUGGAGCGGUGCCUCCACGCGGCGGCGGGGGCGGCGGAGCUCAGCCUGGUGCAGCGGGUCAACAUCUGCAGCGACGUCGCCGAGGGGAUGGCGUACCUGCACCACCACUCGCCGGUCAAGGUCAUCCACUGCGACCUCAAGCCCAGCAACAUCCUCAUCAACGACGACAUGACCGCGCUCGUCUCCGACUUCGGCAUCUCCCGGCUCGUCAUGACCAUCGGCGGCGCGGCCGACGUCGGCGCCUCCACCGCCAACAUGCUCUGCGGCUCCAUCGGCUACAUCCCUCCAGAGUACGGCUACGGCUCGAACCCGACGACCAAGGGCGACGUGUACAGCUUCGGCGUGCUGGUGCUGGAGAUGGUAACGAGGAGGAAGCCGACCGACGACAUGUUCGAGACCGAGCUGAGCCUGCACAGGUGGGUCAAGACCCACUACCACGGCCGCGCCGACGCGGUGGUCGACCCGGCGCUGGUGCGCAUGGUCCGGGACCAGACGCCGGAGGUGAGGAUGUCGAACGUGGCCAUCAGCGAGCUGCUGGAGCUCGGCAUCCUCUGCACCCAGGAGCAGGCGUCCGCGCGCCCAACCAUGAUGGACGCCGCCGACGACCUCGACCGGCUCAAGCGCUACCUCGGCGGCGACACCACGGCCACCUUCGCGUCGUCGCUGGGGUUUUCCUCCACCACAUUUGAAGACAUCGAUUGAUCGAUCGACUAGUAGCGAGGGGCAGCUACGUACUACACAUACGGAUGAAUUUGUGAUAGAUGCAUGUGGCUAGCUAGCUUUAAUUUCCUCCCGGAGGUAUAUAGGAUUUUAUUUUUAACCGGUAAAUUAAUGGUGCAAGAACAUGUGUAGGAUUAAUUCUUUGAAGGUCUGUGACUGAUGUAACAUUAGCAAGUCUUGUACGUAUUGGCUGUAGAUCUAUCUAGAAUGAUUUAUGAUUUCCAUUUUUUCAUAUAAUGGAAAUAGGGUUUUAGUUGUUUGCAUCUUUCAAUGAACAAACAUACCAUUACAACUCAUUA